GCAGAGAUUCUCGCCUUUUGCUUUCUGAUGCCCUCGCAGAUAAUGGGAAAAUGUUGAGGAGGAAACCUUCACAGCUUGAAGUGCGUUUGGAGGAUAAAGAAGAGCUAGCAGAGGCGCGCAAGAGGCUCCUUCCUCCGCCUACCCUCCCUCCUUCCAAGGCCACCGCCGCCUCCGCCCUUCUCUCCCAGUUGGAUUCCAAGCCCUCCGCCCCCUCCCGAAUUGGCUUCACCAAUUAGAUACAGAGCGCUUCGUAAGGCCACUAUUCGUACUUGUAUUUGUCUUCCAUGGAAGUUGAAGUGAAACUGAAGCUUCCAGAUGCUUCUGCACAUCACAAGGUGGCAACCAUUCUUGCCCCCUUCCACAAGGUAACUCACUUGCAGGAAAAUGUCUUUUUUGACGGUGCCAACGGCGAGCUCAGCGCCAAGCGGGCGGUCCUCCGCCUGCGCUUCUAUAACGGGGACUCCCGCUGUGUUGUUUCCCUAAAGGGCAAGGCCGUUCUAGUUGAUGGCGUCAGCCGAGUGGAGGAAGCGGAGGAGGAUUUGGAGGCGGCGCUCGGGAGGGCUUGCGUGGCAGAGCCGAGCCGCUUGCUGUCGGCGGCUGAGAGAUGCGGGCUUCUUAAGACCGUUUUGGCUGAAUAUGGAUGCAGCGAUUUUGUUUGUCUCGGAGGGUUUAGGAAUGUCAGAGGGGUUUUCGAGUGGGAAGGGUUAAACAUUGAGCUGGAUGAGACGCACUAUUCUUUUGGAACUACCUAUGAGAUCGAAUGCGAGACGGCGGAUCCAGAGGCUGCCAAAAACAUUCUGGAACAUUUUCUGCAACAAAAUUCUGUGCCUUUCUCGCACUCUCAACUUUCUAAGUUUGCUGUUUUUAGGUCUGGAAAGCUUCCCGAUUGAGGAUUUUCUUAGGGCAGCAUUCAAUAGUAAUUUUCUUAUGUUUUAAAAAAAUAAAAUAAAACUUAUGUGAAUUAUUUUUGUGUGAGAUUUGUUAUCUAUGUACUCAUCUUGGACAUUAUCAUGCAGUAUACUAAAUGUCCGGUUCAAAUGUUUGCUGUCUGUAUGUGUCAUUUAUUCCGAUUGUCUUUUCAGGCAAUCGAUUUAUGUUUUUUCACAUAUGCAACUCAGAAUUUGGGAAAGAAUCAAAAUAAUAUUAUAUCAUGAACGGUUUUUUAUAGAGGAAAU